ACUCAACCUCUUGACCCCUAAGAACCAGGGCUUUAUACGAUGACGAGCCACGCCAUCGAAGCAGAAUUAGUAUUCUUCCAGGCCCCUAAGGAUGGUGCAUCUCCAUACAAUUACGUAGAGGAGCCACCAGCUGGAGAACCAUGGCGCAAUUAUUCAGGCGACACUCGGAAAGUUUUCAUCCACGACAUCCGAGGGAGCGAAGACCAAUACUCCCUCGACCGGGACGCAUUCCAAGUCUUGAAGAACAUCCCAUCGUCAGCCACGUACGAGACCUUUGAUUCCGACGAAGCCGUUCGGGAGAUAUACUACCCCGAGGUGGAGCGAUUGCUACUUGACUCCGUCCCCGGUGCCCACUCCAUCAUCUUGUUCGAUCAUACUAUACGCCGCGCAAACCCCAACGCCCCGCGGCAACCAGUUAACCAAGUCCACGCAGACCAAACCGAACGGUCCACUCAAUCGCGCGUGCGCAAGCAUGUAUCGGAUCCAGAGCUGGCUGAGAAGUACUUGAAGGGACGCUAUCGCAUCAUCAAUGUCUGGCGACCUAUUAACGGGGUCGUAGAAUCUUCGCCCUUGGCAUUCGCCUCUGCAGCGUCGACUGAGGACGACGACUUUGUUACCAUUCAACACCGGUAUCCAACCUUCAAUGGGGAGAUCAUGGGCGUUAAGUACAACCCCAAGACAGAGUGGAAAUACUGCUCUGGUCUGGAUAAUGAUGAGAGGCUCCUUCUCAAAUGUUUCGAUAGCCAGGUUGGAGUGGCCAAGCGUGUCGCACAUACGGCAUUCGUUGACCCGAAUACUCCUGCUGACGCAAAGCCGCGGGAAAGCAUUGAGGUCAGGGCGUUGGUGUUUGGAUAGUCGCGAAGUCAUUCAUGGAGAUCCAAUUGGAUAUGUGAUUACCACGUCAAAAAAAGUUAGCUCGCACGACAUACUAAGGCUAAUUAGGAUAGCUCCUUAAUAAGAUUUCCAAAAA